CUUUAAAAAGUCAGAUUGCAAUGUAUAUGCUCCACAUAACCAGAUAGUGAGUUACCAUAUUGCUUACGUCUAUCCUGCUUUAGUCAGAUCUGCAAACACAGAGGGGCGUGGCUGGAGGUUGUUUUUGAACUAGGCAAUGGUGUUGUAUGAACGGCAGGAUUGGUAGGUAGGAAAUAGGUUUAGAACAUGAACAUCCUCAAUGCACACCACAAACACAAAUGCGCCAAUCGAUAUACUAAAUAAAACAAUGUAACUUUUUGAGGCUGCUUACGCCAUAUGUCUGGUUCACUCAUGUGGAAUAAAUUAGUCUGCUGUAGCCCCAUAUGCUGAUGCUUGCGUCCUGCAUCAGCUACGUCAUUUUCCUUUCAGCAGUAUAAAAGCAACGGAGUUGGUAUUGUCCUAGUUUGUGAUCUGUUAUUGUUGUUCAGAAGUCGAGAAUGGUGCAGCUAUCUAAAUCUGGAAUGAGAGAGAGUCUUGAAUUGAAGGCUGGCCAUCCUCCAGCAGGUAUAAUGUUGAUUAAUUCAUACUAAUUCGCAAUUGUCACUGAACUGUGCAUAUUUUCUUUGUAAAAAAUUGUUCUUUGCUUUUUUAAGAAAAUAAGUGUGGUUUACAUUCAGUGUAUUUACCAUAUAGGCCUACUCUUCUCGUUGAAUUUAUUUGUCUUCGUCCCGUGCAAACAUUGUUACGGUUCUGCUACAAACCUUAAGUGCGUAGGUGGUAAACUAAUAAAACAUUUAAACGUAUAACGAUUGCAUGCAGUAGUUGGCCUAAAUGCUCUCAUUGCUACUUUUAAUUGUAUUUAUCGUUACAAUGCGUUAUGAAACAUGAAUCAGUGUAUAGCAUAGCCUAUUGUUCAACUGUGGUACAUUCUGUGCUCGAGGGACAGGAUGGCCAGCUCUGAAGUUCAGUUCAUACAGUUAAGUGAAUAUUUCCCAUGCAGGUUCUUGCUUCUACAUAUGGUUUUGUUGCUUCUACAUAUGGUUUUGAGUCAUAAUCAUAGUCACAAUCAAACUGUUUAUUAAAAUGCUAAUUAACGGCAUUUGUGCGAUGCCCCCCUUUCUUAAUCUAUGCAGAAUGCCUAUUGACAGUGUUGGGGAAGCUACAAGCUACCAGUUACUUCACACUGGAAGAAGUUAAAUUACACUAAAGCUACCCUUAAAGCUGCACUUUGCAGAAAUCACUCCGCCAUUUCCUGGUUGCAAAAAUUCUAAUAGUUCGCCUAAUUUAAGUUUGUGACAAAACAAGCAAGUAUAGUAUAGAGAAUCAUUGUACCAUCUCAACAGCUGUGAAAUAUAUUUUCCACAAAGUAAAAGAUGCAAAAACAAAACUUUAAAACGGAAAGCAUAGAAAUAGCGCACAUACAACAUCUCCUGCUUCUUAGACCAGGUGUCAAUGAGAAUGACAGAUCUAUAACUCACAGUUCUAUGUUAACUUUUUGGGCGACCCAACACAAUUAUGUUGUAUGUAGCUUAAAGAAAAAGUAGUUCACUACAUCCAAACUACAACAAAAAUUGUCAGACUUCAAAUUGCAAGAACAGAUCACUCUAGAGUCAGAUGUUAACAGAAUGUGUAAUUUAGCCUAUUAAACACAAAGUGAAAAUUAGGCAGGUCUGAUGCUGAAAAAGAAGGGAAAUUCUUGCCUACUAAACCCAUAUUUUAUUUUUGCUAAAGAAAGUGUAGUUCCAGUAGUUGGCUACACCACUACAUGGCAAAAAAGUAAUUAACUACUAAAAACACUACCUAUGCUGAACAUUACUCCACAAUACUAACCUAAUUGACAGAGUGAAAAUAAGGAUGUCUGUACAGAAUAAAAGUAUGCAUACUGUUUCCAAUAAGGCAAUAAAGUAAAACUGCAACAAAUAUGGCAAAGAAAUUAACUUUGUCAUGAAUACAAAGUGUUAUGUUUGAAUCAAUUUAAUCCAUUUUGAAUUCCGUCUAACACAAUGUGGAAUAAGUCAAGUGGUAUGAAUACUUUCUGAAGGCACUGUAGUUCACUGCCUGUUGAAUACACUUAUGGUGUGACAUGAUGUCCCAGAAAAGAAGUUCUGGGGCCAUACAUAUCAAGUGUAUCAGCGUAGGAGUGCUUUAGCAUCAGCUUUGCCCUACUCUGAGAUGCGCUUACAUACAGCCCCUGAAAGGGACUCUUGCAGUAAAAAUUCUACUUUCUCUGAUCAGAGCUGCACAUUGUUUGGCUAUAUGCUUGAAAAUCAAAGUGCUUGUUGCUUUGACAGGAUGUGUGUAAAGUAGAUUGAUUAAAGCUGCAUAUAGCAAGCAACUGAGAAAUUAAAAAGCAGCCACUGAUGAACCGUAUUCACUGCCAGUGCCAUCUCUUGAUCAGUCUACCAACUUUCUUCUUCCAACACUGAUACUCUCAUAAUCUACUUAUAUAUUGGCAAAGUAAACCAACUGGUAUUAAAACAUUCACAGAUUAGUCUUACAGUAACUCUGAAUAGUUUGAACUCCGUUCUGAUCAAGUGCAGAGGAUCUUGUAUAACUUUCCAAAUAGCAUUUAAUGCUGGAUUGGCAAAGAAUGAGAAUGUUAACUAGUUAUUUUAAACGGUUCCACUCUGGCUCCACAGUGAAGGCUGGGGGGAAACGAGUGGCCAAGAAGAGCUAUGAGGAGAGUCAUGCCACCCACCAUGUGAACCCAGAGAGGGAACAGAAGGUUCCCAAACCCAGGUACAGUACAGUUCAGGUAGUCCCUCCCUGUUUGUCUGUUUUCUUCCAUUAGGUCCUUAAUGAAUACGACCCAAUAAUCGUCUCGCUGAUUGAUGGAGCUUGGAUGAUUUUAUUUUUUUACAUUGAGAGAACAUCAAGAAAACACUUAACUGUAAUGUUGAGUUUGUCGUUAAACAUGUAAUACUGUUCUAGAUCUGCAGCCACCUCCAGCCGAAUGCAGCUAGUCAGUGUCUUGAUGUCAGGAACACUUGACAAGGUAAGGAUAUCUGACUUAAAAGAAUGGCUGCUUCAGUGUCCCACAAGGGUUUGCCAAGAAACCGGUUUAGCUGUAAACUACAAAAUCACUUGGCUUCAUUUGUAAUGAUUAUGCAAGUAAACACUUUACUAAUAGCCUACCUACUACAGAUUGGCAUAGUCAAAUAGUUUAUUCCAGAUUGCUUGGUAAGCCAUGAUUUUAUAAAAUAUGAUUUCUUAAUUGUUUCAGUUGGGACAUGACUUCCCAGAGACCCCAGUAAGUGUGAAACACAGCAGACUCAGACCUGCUUUGGAGAAGGCACACUCGCCAGCUUUCAAGUCUAGCUUCUGCAUCCAGCAACCGAAAAAGUUCUGAAGCAAAAUGUGUUGAAGUUGCCUGAGAGAAACAUGUGAAGUCAACUGUGUAAGACCAGCAGGAAGUGUUAGUUGCAUGCAUGAGAGGACCAACAUGAGAUGUCAGAAAAGACUUGAAUGUUUAACGUUAUUAAUUAAUGUAGAAUCAAUUCAGCUACUUUGAAUUGGUUGCAAUUUGUGACUGCUUCUUUUAGGUGAACUUUGUGGGGAUAUGGGUGGAUUUCUGCUUACUAUGAACCAGCAUUUACUGUGCCUUUUUAUUAAUGUGUAUGCGACCCUGUAACCAUAAGUGAACUAAAAGCGCACAUGGUGGGGAUUUUGAAAUUAGUUUGUUGCAUAAGAGGGUAUAAGCUGGAUGACUUGACUGUUUCGUCAGUGUCUGUUUUCAUAGUGAUAAGCUUAGCGUUUGUUGAUGGCUUGAAUAAAAAAA